GCGGCCCCCUCGGGAGCUCUGGAUGCAGCCGCGGCGGGGGCCGCGAAAAUCAACGCGAUGUUAAUGGCGAAAGGCAAGCUGAAGCCGGCGCCUAGCGCGGCCGACAAGCUGCAGGCUCUGGGAAAAGGUCCGGCUACAAGUAAAAGUAAAGAUGACCUUGUGGUGGCAGAAGUGGAAAUCAAUGAUGUGCCCCUCACGUGCAGAAACCUGCUGACAAGAGGACAGACUCAGGAUGAGAUAAGUCGACUGAGUGGAGCAGCUGUUUCAACUCGAGGGAGAUUCAUGACUGCAGAAGAGAAAGCAAAAGUGGGACCUGGAGAUCGUCCUCUGUACCUUCACGUCCAGGGUCAGACACGGGAGCUGGUUGACCGAGCUGUUAACAGAAUUAAAGAGAUAAUUACUAAUGGAGUAGUGAAAGCUGCCACAGGUUCUAGUCCAACGUUCAAUGGAGCUACAGUUACUGUCUAUCACCAGCCAGCCCCCAUUGCUCAGUUGUCUCCAGCAGUUGGCCAGAAACCUCCAUUUCAGUCAGGGAUGCAUUAUGUUCAGGACAAAUUAUUUGUUGGUCUGGAACAUGCUGUACCUACAUUUAAUGUGAAAGAAAAGGUGGAAGGGCCUGGUUGCUCCUACUUGCAGCACAUUCAGAUUGAGACGGGUGCGAAAGUCUUUCUUCGUGGGAAAGGCUCAGGUUGCAUAGAACCAGCAUCAGGCAGAGAAGCUUUUGAACCCAUGUACAUCUAUAUCAGUCACCCAAAGCCAGAAGGUCUGGCAGCUGCUAAAAAGUUGUGUGAGAAUCUCUUGCAAACUGUUCAUGCUGAAUACUCUCGAUUUGUGAAUCAGAUAACCACUGCAGUACCUUUAGCAGGCUUUGCACAACCUGCUGCUAUAAACAGUGUACCUUCUCAGCCAUCGUAUUAUCCUUCAAAUGGUUAUCAGUCUGGUUAUCCUGUCGUUCCCCCUCCUCAACAACCGGUUCAGCCACCGUAUGGUGUACCAGGCAUAGUACCACCUGCAGUACCAUUGGCACCGGGAGUCUUAACAACAUUGCCUACAGGAGUUCCACCUGUGCCAACACAAUAUCCAAUAUCUCAAGUACAGCCUCCAGCCAGCACUGGCCAGAGUCCACUGAGUGGUCCUUUUCUUCCUGCUGCCCCAGUAAAAACAACCUUGCCUGCUGGUACACAGCCACAAGUCCAGCCCCACUCCCAAGGUCAAAAGAGACGCUUCACUGAGGAGCUACCAGAUGAAAGAGAAUCAGGACUGCUGGGAUAUCAGCAUGGACCCAUUCAUAUGACUAAUUUAGGUACAGGCUUCUCCAGUCAGAGUGAAAUCGAUGGAGCAGGAUCGAAGCCAGCAAGUUCCUCAGGAAAGGAGAGAGAGAGGGACAGGCAGUUGAUGCCUCCACCAGCUUUUCCUGUCACUGGGAUGAAAUCGGAAUCUGAAGAAAGAAAUGGUGCGGGGUCUUUACCAGGCAACCAUGAUCAUCAAGCUAAGAAGAUGAAAACUGCAGAAAAGGGGUUCGGAUUGGUGGCAUAUGCUGGAGAUUCAUCAGAUGAAGAGGAGGAACAUGGUGGCCAUAAAAAUGCAAGUACUUUUUCACAGGGAUGGAGUUUGGGAUACCAGUACCCUUCUUCACAACAGCGAGCUAAACAACAGAUGCCAUUUUGGAUGGCACCAUAAAGGCUACAGAACAAUUUUCAUAUGUCUUUUUUUUUCCCUCUAGCAAUAAUGCAUGUAUAUUAAACAAUGAACUUUGCAAAUACGCAUUGUUUUUACAUUUGCAGAAGCUAAAGCUUCAGUAUUCCCUCUUGAAAGGGCUCCAUUAUUUUUUAAAUCCUUGUUCCUGCGGUGGAUUUGUCAAUGAUGAGAAAUACUUGAAAUACUAUUUUGGCAUGGGAAGUCCCUUAUAAAAUGGGGGAAGUACUAUAAGGAGAAGCUAGGGAAGCCUGUCUCUCCCUGUGCUCCCCAUCUUUCCAGGAUAACUUAAACGGAAAGAGCCAGCAAUGCUGACUUCAUUAUACAUCUGGUGUUCGUAUCUUAUCCAGUGUUCCUGCUGUCAGCUUGUUUGCAGUCCCAUUGAGCUAAUGCUGACCACGGAUUCAAUGUUUGGACUUCAACAAAGAAAGGAACAUUCAGUAGUUUUGAAAAAUUUGGGGAUCACGCUUCCUAAAAUUCCUAAUUUGUUUUUACUUUAAGCAUCUCCUGUAAUUCAGCAUUUCUUUUUUUAAACGUGUUUUCUACUAACUCCAUAACUCUUGGUUCUAGCUAAAUGUCAUCGGGGGGGGGAAAAAAAACGCUCAGUUUUUUUAAUCAGUUCAUCUUGCCGCUACUCCCUAGGUGGACUUGGUACUUUAUCCAUGGUACUUAAUCUUCUCAAAUUAUCCCUGUACAUUUCAUUCCAUUCAGCAGUUCAAAUGGAAGUACUUCUCAUGAGGUUCUCCCAAGAUUCUCUCACUCUUAAUUCAUUCACUUAUUUGAUUCUACCAGUUUUGUUUCAUGGUGGUUUAACAAAGAAAUGCAGCAACCUGGUGUAUACAUUGCCAGAGACCCGAGUGCAAGCGUUGUUAUUGCAUUGGAGCACAGAAGUGGAACCUCUGAAUUAAGCUGUUGGAUUGCUUAUGGACACGCGCUGCAUCACGGCCUUUCCUGCCAGGGCAGGCUGUUGGCUGUUGCAGAACUUUUUUUUCUUUCUUUUUUCCUUUUUUUUUUUGUUUUUGAGAACAAUGAUGUGUGCAUCCACUGGAGCGUGGGACUGUGAAGAGGUGCUGGUCAACUUUUAAGACAGGAGUAAUAGUUUGAGAAACGGGAAGGUGUGUCCUUUAUGCACACUGGAGGACCUUGCUGGCUCACCUGUAUAAACAUACGCUCUUUCCUACGUGUUGUAAAUAAUUAGAACCAUACUUUCAUUAUAAAUAAAUGUAUAAAUAUUC